GAGUGUUGAGCUCGGCCUCCUUCAGACUUCCGACAUCCCUUUAGUCGCUCCUCGUCUCCGUCCUUCCCUUGGCGAUGGCGUCGAGCUCGCUCCCAUGAGUUGCAGAAGAUGAUUCUUCCUAAAAAUCAUCACAAAGGAGACGCAAAGAGGAUAAAAUUUUGGAGCCAAUCUGCAUAGAGAGACACUGCGAUGGGGAGUCGGAGAAGCACUAAAGAGACUAGCGAAGCAGCUAGUGAUCCGGCUUCGUCGGUUUCAAAGGAGAAAAAGUCGAUGCUGGUUGAAGGAUAUCCGGUUGAGGGGCUAUCGAUCGGAGGGCAGGAGACUUGCGUCAUAUUUCCCUCCCUCAAGAUAGCGUUUGACAUCGGUAGAUGCCCGCAGCGAGCAAUCUCCCAGGAUUUUCUGUUCAUUAGCCAUGGCCAUAUGGACCACAUCGGAGGGCUACCAAUGUAUGUCGCCACUCGAGGUUUGUAUAGUAUGAAACCUCCAACUAUCUUUGUCCCAAGGUCUAUAAAAGAACAUGUGGAAAAACUUUUUGAGGUACACAGGGCAAUGGACCAAUCGGAACUGAAACACAAUCUAAUUGGUCUUAAUGUAGGAGAGGAGUUUCAACUGAGAAACGAUCUUAAAGUCAGAGCAUUUAAGACUUACCAUGUCGUACCUAGCCAGGGAUAUGUUAUCUAUUCUUUCAAACGAAAACUUAAGGCAGAAUUUUGUGGUCUUUCUGGAGAUGAGAUUAAGAAAUUACGAGUCUCGGGAGUUGAGAUUACUUACCCAAUAGCAACUCCUGAAAUAGCCUUUACUGGAGAUACCAUGUCAGAUUUUGUUAUUGACCCUGAUAAUGCUGAUGUCCUAAAAGCACGGAUUCUUGUCAUGGAGAGUACUUUUGUUGAUAACGCAAUGCCAGUGCAACAUGCUAGGGAUUAUGGCCACACCCAUUUGUCUGAGAUUGCAAGUUAUGGUGAUCGAUUCCAGAACAAAGCAAUCAUUCUCAUCCAUUUUUCAGCUCGUUAUUAUAGAGAGGAGAUUGAGGCAGCUAUCGCCAAAUUGCCUCCAUCCUUUGCAGGUCGGGUAUUUGCCUUGUCAAAUGGGAUCUAAUUUUCUUUUUAACAAAGGAUUAUACGUAGCACUUGUAGAAUUUGCCUCUAAAUCUCUGGAAAUUUUCAGAUUUUUGUGCUCUCUUACCUUUAUAAUUCUUUUUGUCCUGAUACACAUAUGGAUAAUAAAAUGCAAAAUGUUAUACGUAUGGAUAAUAAAAUGCGAAACGUUAUCCUUCU